AUGCCGCAAUUGUCAAGUCCAUCACGCUCAUCAACAUGUUCCACUGCGCAAAUUUCAAAGUCGAUUCCUCUUUGCAACACCUCUUCCGAACUCUGCAUCAUGCCUGACCAACAUCCAAGCUCCACUAUGGAGGCACGCGUAGCACCUUCGCUGACCCUACAAGCUACAUUGAGCGAUGGGACAAGUAUAAAUGUGACCUUUUCCCCCGCCUCAGCAGCUUCUUCAGCACUCACGGCAUCGACAACUCUUACUACUACUUCCUGCUCGUUCGAGAUCAACACUUCACUUCCCACAAACACUGCAUCUUUGGACAAAGCCUCCCAAACAUUUCAAGUCAAGCCCGCUUCUCAACACUCAUCGUCUUCUGCAAGCCUGUCUUCGGCCAAGCCUUCAAAGACUUUUCACGCAAGCUUUCCACCGACUAAGGACAAACACCCAAGCAACAUGUCUGUUACUCUUCCCUCUGACGUUGUCGCCAUCGACACUACCAAGAAGAGUGUCUUGUUUUAUGUCGCCCCCGAUCAAAACAAUGACAACCGCCUGAGCUACCUCGAGUCGCCCAAUGCCAAGGGUACCGGCAACUACACGGUCGAAAAGAUCGACAGAGCUUCUAUCCCCGGAACCAAGAAGUAUGAGAACAUCCUUGUCUCUGAGAAAAACAAGCAGGUUGCUGCUGUAACUUGGAUUGAUGGUGGAGGAGUUCAGAUCCGUGUAUACUACGUCGCCAGGGGAACUGAGAAUCUUCGAGAGGUUUGCAAGACUGGUGAUGGUGAAUGGUACAUUGGAGCUCUGGGUCAAGGUUCUUCGCGUAAGAUUUUUGUCCGCGAAAACACCUCCAUCUCUGCUUCUGUUCACGACUAUGGCAGCAAGGGAUACAACUUGAGGGUCUUUGCUGCUGAGAAAGAUCAAAUCAACGGCAAGAGGCUUCCCCAGAUUGGCGUCUUCAAGUUUGUCCAUGAUGAGAAUGCCGAGGACCCUCCUCACUGGGGAGAUGUCAACUACAUCACUGACCAGAUCGAGGAGUACUAG